AUGCUCUCAAUCGUUUUUCUUCUGCUGUCUGUCUUCUGCGUGCACGCCCAAGGCGUGCGGGAGUGUCCGCGAAUAACACUGGAAAACCUGGAGUCCCGGGAGAAUUCCCUACAGAGCAGCAUCCUCGUCCAGACCUACAACACCAAUGUCAACCCCACGGACCCCUUCAUUGUAGUGGAGGACAUGCACAUCGUCUGCGAAGCGGUCGGGACGAACCGCGACACGUUUCGCUACGUCUCCGUCGUCGUUCGCCAGAAGUGCAGCGGAUUCAACUGCCCCGAGGGGACCAGGGACGUUUUGACUACAGUGCAGUACGACUUCGAAUGCUCCGCAAGUAACGAGUGGAUCGCGGAGGCGUUCGGUAGCAAAGCCAUUCGGGAAGACAACCCAGAGGCCGACCUUGACACGGAGCCGUUGCGUAAAUGCAGCGCGUGCGCACGCCCGCUCGCAGGAGCCGAUCCCGUGACCCACUGCCGACGUAAGUCUACUGUACUGUACAUUAAGAUGAUUGGUUGCAUCGACUACGCAUUGCAGCUUUUACAGCAUGUCCCUCUAGCUGUGAUCAAGGACUCAUGCAGUGCGACGGGACUCGGUACUGACUGCUGCAACUUUUACCAUCAGGACGAGUGCGUGGAAGAGUGUCCGGAGGAGAGUCACGUGGUAGAUGAAGACUACAAUUGUGUAGAACCUGUUGAGUGCCCUGCGCUGCAAAACCCCACAAAUGGAACGGUGACAUAUGACGAGCGUGUGUAUCCUAAUGAAGCUGUCUACGAGUGUGAAGAUGGAUUUGAACUGAGUGGAGAGGCCACCCGCGAGUGUCAGAUUGACGGAGAUUGGACUAAUGAUGCUCCAGAGUGUGAACCUGAGGAGGAAGAGGAGGAAGAGGAGGAAGAGGAAGAUGAUGGUGAAAGCAGCAGCAGCAGUAGCAGUGGCAUUUCCAAUGCUGAGCUUGGGAUUGUGGUGGCAGUUGUGGUGCUGUUCUUUCUCAUUGUGGUCGGAGUUUUCGUAACAUUUAUAGCAGUUUGGGCAUAUCUAUUCGUCAUGAGUUGCUGGCUGUCGAUCGCCGUUCUUCUGCUCUCUGUCUACCACGCGCGCGCCGCCCAGGGCGGCGUGCGGGAGUGCGAGCGAAUAACCAUACAGGACCUGAGGUCCAGAAACAACUUCUUACAGAGCAGCAUCCUCGUCCAGACCUACAACCCCAACGUCAACCCCACCAACCCUUUCAUUGUGGUGAACGACAUGCACAUCGUCUGCGAAGCGUCCGCAGCGACGCGCGACAGGUAUCGCUACGUCUCCGUCGUCGUUAGCCAGACGUGCAGUGGAUCCCUAUGCACGACGGAGGCGGAUGUCCUCGUUCAGUACGACUUCGAAUGCUCCACCAGUAACGAGUGGAUCGCGGAGUCAUUCGGCAGGGAUAUGGAGCAUAUUCGUGAAGACGACCCCGAGGCCGACUUUGACACGGAGCCGCUGUAUAACUGCAGCGCGUGUGCAGCAGACCUCUCAGGAGCCGAUUCCGUGACGCACUGUCUGCCUUGUUCUGGGUGUGACGAAGGACUCAUGCUGUGUGAUGGUCGACUUGGAACCUGCUGCACUUACUACUUUGAGGACAUGUGUGUGGAGGAGUGUCCAGAGGAAUGUCACGUGGUCGAUGAAGACUUCAAUUGUGUAAAACCUGUUGAGUGCCCUGCGCUGAAAAACCCCACAAAUGGAACGGUGACAUAUGACGAGCGUGUGUAUCCUAAUGAAGCUGUCUACGAGUGUAAAAAUGGAUUUGAAUUGAGUGGAGGGGCCACCCGCAAGUGUCAGAUUGACGGAGAUUGGUCCGGAGAUGCUCCAGCGUGUGAACCUGAG